AUGCUCCAACUACCAUUAAUGCUGCUGCUACGCUGUCCACAUGAGCUCUCCAACGGGUGCAUAAUCUCAGCAGCUGCCUGUCUCUCCUCUAGCCUAGUCUAUCUGCCGGCGUUGGUGCUGAAGCUGCCUGGCCAGUGUGAGCUGGGUGGCCACAUGCUGCUCCUCUCCCCUGCUUCUCAUGCCUCAGUCCCCAAGCUCCAGCCCCAACUCCAGCCCCAGCCCUGUUGUCAUUCCUCCACAGGCUGGGCUGCCAUGCUCCUUCCUCGGGGACAGAUAAGAGCACGCCUGCCUGGAUCCUGGAUGAUCAGUAUGAGGAUGCUAAUGUUGCUGCUACUGCUGCCUGCUGCAUGCAAUCUCAGCUCUCCGUAGCCUGUCAAUGUAUAUAUCCCACACUCUCUCUCGCUUUCUCUCACCGGAUUUCUUGCGCUCUGUUUCUACCUCUGUGGUUCUGCCUGUCUCUCACUCUCAUCCCCUCUCUCUCUCUCUCUGGCUCCAAUCCAUAUCACUCCCCCUUGCUUGUUCUCUCGUUUUCCCCUGUUCCUCCUCACAGUUCCUCUAUCUGUUCUGGUGUCUCCGCUGUGAUAAAUACUGCCCAGUACAUAGGGCCUGUUUGCGUGUGUGUGUCAUGUUUGUAAACUAUGCAUUGAUCUAUGCAUAGAUGCAAACAUGAAAUGUUACACAGAUAUUUUAAAUCAAAUCAAAUUGUAUUUGUCACAUGCGCCGAAUACAACUGGUCUAGACUUUCCCAUGAAAUGCUUGCUAUUGUUUAUUUCAUUGUUUAUUUUUGGUAAUUUUGACCCCUUUGUUCUCCCCAAUUUCGUGUUAUCCAAUUGGUAGUUACAGUCUUGUCCCAUCGCUGCAACUCCCGUAAGGACUCGGGAGAGGCGAAGGUCGAGAGCCAUGUGUCCUCCGAAACACGACCCUGCCAAGCCGCAUUGCUUCUUGACACACUGCUCGCUUAACCAGGAAACAUCGUACAACUGGCAACCAAAGUCAGCGUGCAUGCGCCCGGACCGCCACAAGGAGUCGCUAGAGCGCGAUGGGACAAGGAUAUCCCGGCCAGCCAAACCCUCCCACAACCCGGACGACGCUGGGCCAAUUGUGCGCCUCAUGGGUCUCUUGGCCGCAACACAGCCCGGGAUCAAAACCGGGUCUGUAUUGACGCCUCUAGCACUGCGAUGCAGUGCCUUAGACCGCUGUGCAACUCGGGACGCCAUGAAAUGCUUGCUUACGAGCCCUUCCCAACAAUGCAGAGUUUAAAAUAGUAACACAAGAAUGGAGCUAUAUACAGGGAGUACCAGUACCAGAUUAAUGUGCAGAGGUACAAGGUAUUUGAGGUAGAUAUGUACAUCAGGAUAGAUAAUAAUAAGAGUAAAAUAAAGAACAGAGAAGUAGCAGCAACUGAUGCGUGUAAAAGUGUGUGUGAGUGUGCGUGUGUGUGUAACGUGUAUGUAUGUGUGUUUGUGUUGUGUCGGCCUGCGUGUGUGUGUUGUGUGUGUGCGUACAGUGGCUUGCUAAAGUAUUCACCCCCUUGGCAUUUUUCCUAUUUUGUUGCCUUACAACCUGGAAUUAAAAUUGAUUUUUUUGGGGGGUUUGUAUCAUUUGAUUUACACAACAUGCCUACCACUUUGAAGAUGCAAAAUAUUUUUUCUUGUGAAACAAACAAGAAAUAAGACAAAAAAACAGAAAACUUGAGCGUGCAUAACUAUUCACCCCCCCCCCCCCCCCCCCCCAAAGUCAAUACUUUGUAGAGCCACCUUUUGCAGCAAUUACAGCUGCAAGUCUCUUGGGGUAUGUCUCUAUAAGCUUGGCACAUCUAGCCACUGGGAUUUUUGCCCAUUCUUCAAGACAAAACUGCUCCAGCUCCUUCAAGUUGGAUGGAUUCCGCUGGUGUACAACAAUCUUUAAGUCAUACCACAGAUUCUCAAUUGGAUUGAGGUCUGGGCUUUGACUAGGCCAUUCCAAGACAUUUAAAUGUUUCCCCUUAAACCACUCAAGUGUUGCUUUAGCAGUAUGCUUAGGGUCAUUGUCCUGCUGGAAGGUGAACCUCCGUCCCAGUCUCAAAUCUCUGGAAGACUGAAUCAGGUUUCCCUCAAGAAUUUCCCUGUAUUUAGCGCCAUCCAUCAUUCCUUCAAUUCUGACCAGUUUCCCAGUCCCUGCCGAUGAAAAACAUCCCCACAGCAUGAUGCUGCCACCACCAUGCUUCACUGUGUUCUCGGGGUGAUGAGAGGUUUUGGGUUUGUGCCAGACAUAGCGUUUUCCUUGAUGGCCAAAAGCUCAAUUUUAGUCUCAUCUGACCAGAGUACCUUCUUCCAUAUGUUUGGGGAGUCUCCAACAUGCCUUUUGGCGAACACCAAACAUGUUUGCUUAUUUUUUUCUUUAAGCAAUGGCUUUUUUUCUGGCCACUCUUCCAUAAAGCCCAGCUCUGUGGAGUGUACGGCUUAAAGUGGUCCUAUGGACAUAUACUCCAAUCUCCGCUGUGGAGCUUUGCAGCUCCUUCAGGGUUAUCUUUGGUCUCUUUGUUGCCUCUCUGAUUAAUGCCCUCCUUGCCUGUUCCGUGAGUUUUGGUGGGCGGCCCUCUCUUGGCAGGUUUGUUUUGGUGCCAUAUUCUUUCCAUUUAUUAAUAAUGGAUUUAAUGGUGCUCCGUGUGAUGUUCAAAGUUUCUGAUAUUUUUUAAUAACCCAACCCUGAUCUGUACUUCGCCACAACUUUGUCCCUGACCUGUUUGGAGAGCUCCUUGGUCUUCAUGGUGCCGCUUGCUUGGUGGUGCCCCUUGCUUAGUGGUGUUGCAAACUCUUGGGCCUUUCAGAACAGGUGUAUAUAUACUGAGAUCAUGUGACAUAUCAUGUGACACUUAGAUUGCACCCAGGUGGACUUUCUUUAACUAAUUAUGUGACUUCUGAUUUAGGGGCUUCAUAGCAAAGGGGGUGAAUACAUAUGCAUGCACCACUUUUCCGUUAUUUAUUUUUUAGAAUUUUGUGAAACAAGUUAUGUUUUUCACCUCACUUCACCAAUUUGGACUAUUUUGUGUAUGUCCAUUACAUGAAAUCCAAAUAAAAUUUAAUUUAAAUUACAGGUUGUAAUGCAACAAAAUGAGAAAAACGCCAAGGGGGAUGAAUACUUUUGGAAGGCACUGUAUGUAGCGUAUGUGAAUGUGUGUGGGUUUUGUGUGGGAAUGUCAAUGUAGUGUGUGUGAGUGAGUGUGUAUAUGGUUUGUAUAUAUAGUCUAGUGAGUGUGCGUAGGGUCAGUGCAAGAUAGAGUCAGUGCAGAUAGUUUAGGUAUCAUUAAUUGACUUUUUAGCAGUCUGGCUAUUUAGCAGUCUUAUGGCUUGGGGGUAGAAGCUGUCUCAGAGCCUGUUGGUCCGAGUGCCGAUUAGCAGAGUGAACAGUCUAUGGCUUGGGAGGCUGGAGUCUUUGGCAAUUUUUCGUGCCUUCCUAUGACACCGCCUGAUAUAGCGGUCCUGGAUGGCAGGGAGCUCUACCCCAGUGAUAUACUGGGCUGUCCGCACCAACCUCUGUAGCGCUUUGCAGUCAAAGGUGGUGCAUUUGCCAUACCAAGCGGUGAUGCAGCUAGUCGAUGGUGUCAGCUGUAUAACUUUUUGAGGAUCCGAGGGCCCAUGCGAAAUAUUUUCAGCCUCCUGAGGGGGAAAAGGUGGGUGUGCAGGUGUGUGUGGACCAUGUUAGGUACAGAGUGAUGUGAAUGCCAAGGAACUUUAAGCUCUCUACCUGUUUCAAGACAGCCCUGUUGAUGUGGAUUGGGGCAUACUCUCCCCUCUUUCUCCUAUAGUCCACGACCAGCUCCUUGGUCUAACUGACAUUGAGGGAGAGGUUGUUGUCCUGGCACCACACUGCUAAGUCUCUGACCUCCUCACUGUAGGCUGACUCAUCGCCGUCGGUGAUCAGGCCUACCACUGUCGUGUCGUCAACAAACUUGAUGAGGGUGUUGGAGUUGAGCGUGGCUACACAGUCGUGGGUGAACAGGGAGUACAGGAGGUGACCAAGCACACACCCCUGAGGGGCCCCUGUGUUAAGGGUCAGCGUGGUGGAGGUGAUGUUGCCUACCCUCACCACCUGGAGCCGGCACAUCCGGAAGUCCAGGAUCCAGUUGCAGAGGGAGGGUUUCAGUCCCAGGGUCCCUAGCUUGGUGAUGAGCUUGGGCAGGACUAUGGUGUUGAUCGCUGAGCUGUAGUCUAUGAACAGCAUUCUCACAUAGUUGUUUCCCCUCUUGUCCAGGUGAGAGAGGGCAGUGUGAAGUGCAAUUGCGAUUGCGUCAUCUGUGGAUCUGUUGGGGCGGUAUGCAAAUGGGAGUGGGUCUAGGGUGUCUGGGAUGAUGGUGUUGAUGUGUGUCAUGACCAGCCUUUCAAAGCAAUUCAUAAUUACAGAUGUGUGUGCUACAGGGUGAUAGUCAUUUAGGCAGGUUACCUUGGAGCUCUUGGGAACUGAGACAAUGGUGGUCAGUUUGAAACAUGUUGGGAUUACAGACUGGGACAAGGAUAGAUUGAAAAUGUCUGUGAAGACACUUGCCAGCUAGUCUGCACAUGCUUUGAGAACGCGCCCUGGUAUUCUGCCUUGUGAUUGUUAACCUGUUUAAACAUUUUGCUCACACCAGCCACUGAGAGCGAGAUCACACAGUCAUCAAAAACAGGGGCUUUCAUGCAAGGCACAGUGUUAUUUAUAUUCCUCGAAGCGAGCCUAAAAGGCAUUUAGCUCGUUUGGGAGUUCUGCAUCGCUGGGCAACUCAUGGCUGGGUUUCCUUUUGCAAUUCGUUAUCGUCUGCAAGCCAUGCCACAUACGACGAGCGUCUGAGCCAGUGUAAUAGGAUUCCACCUUCCUCCUAUAUUGUCCUUUUGCAUGUUUGAUGUCUCGUCGGAAGCUGUUGCGGGAUUUCUUGUAUGCUUCCAUGUCCGUGUCCUGUUCCUUGUAAGCAGUUGCUCCAACCUUUAGCCCAGCGCGGAUAUUGCCUGUAAUUGGUUUGGAUACGUUCUUAUAGUCACUGUGGGAACGACAUUGUCUAUGCACUUAUGAUGAAGCCCGUGACAGUUGUGGUAAACUCCUCAAUACUAUCGGAUGAAUCCUGGAACAUAUCCCAGUCUGUACUAGCAAAACAGUCUUGUAGCCUCGCGUCUGCUUCAUCCGACCUCUUCCGUAUUGAGCACAUCACUGGUACUUCCUGUUUGAGCUGUUGUUUAUACACAGGAAGCAGGAGAAUGGAGUCAUGGUCAGAUUUUGGGCCUUGUAUGCGUUUCUGUGGGUAGAAUAAAAGUGGUCUAGAGUUGUAGCGCCCCUAGUGGUGCAGGAGACGUGUUGGUAGAAGUGAGGUAGGACGGUUUUAUGUCUCCCCUCGUUAAAGUCUCCGCCCACCAGAAAUGCUGCCUCUGGGUGAGCGGUUUCUAUCCCAUACAGUUCAUUGAGUGCCAGAGUGGUGGUGUUGGCUUGAUGUAGACAGCCGUGAUAAGUACGGAUCAGAACUCUCUUGGUAGAUAAAAGGAUAUGCAGCUUACCAUGAGGUAUUCUAUGUCAGAUUGGAAUGACUAUGCAAGUAGCAAGUAUUAUGUACUAUUACCAUGUCCAUUACAAAUAGGCCUACUGUAUGGAAUACUUUCAAAUGUAGCCUGAGUGCCAGUAUGUUUGUGUCAUCAUGUUUGGCUUGACAAUGAGCAAUGGCGAUGGUAAGAGCACAAACAGAUCUAGGACCAGGCUACUUCAGAUGGACCUAAUAUUACUUGUAAAAACAGCUGAGAAAAAAUACAGUUUCAUGAGAAGAAAUGUGUAUACAGUUGCCUAACUAUACUGCACAUCAAGUGAAACAGGUCCCAAGAAAACAAGAGCAGGCAGUAGUGUUGUGAAAGCCUCUACCAGUGGUAUUGCUGAUGCUGAGUGCAUAGUCUAUUGGGUGAAGCGACCUUCCAGGGCAUUGUGUGUGUCACACAUUUUUUAUUUUAGUUUUAGUUUUUUUAAACCUUUAUUUGUCCAGGUAGGCCAGUUGAGAACAAGUUCUCAUUUACAACUGCGACCUGGCCAAGAUAAAACAAAGCAGUGCGAUAAAAAACAACAACAACACAGAGUUACAUAUGGAAUAAACAAAACGUACAGUCAAUAACACAAUAGAAAAUCUAUAUACAGUGUGUGCAAAUGUAGAAAGUUAUGGAGGUAAGGCAAUAGGCUAUAGUGCAAAAUAAUUACAAUUUAGUAUUAAGACUGGAGUGAUAGAUGUGCAGAAGAUGAUGUGCAAAUAGAGAUACUGGUGUGCAAAUGAGCAAAAUAAAUAACUAUGUAAAUAACAAUAUGGGGAUGAGGUAGUUGGGUGGGCUAAUUACAGAUGGGCUGUGUACAGGUGCAGUGAUCGGUAAGCUGCUCUGACAACUGAUGCUUAAAGUUAGUGAGGGAGAUAAGUGUCUCCAGCUUCAGAGAUUUUUGCAGUUCGUUCCAGUCAUUUGCAGCAGAGAACUGGAAGGAAUGGCGGCCAAAGGAGGUGUUGGCUUUGGGGAUGACCAGUGAGAUAUACCUGCUGGAACGCAUACUACGGGUGGGUUUUGCUAUGGUGACCAAUGAUCUAAGAUAAGGCGGGGAUUAGCCUAGAAGUGAUUUAUAGAUGGCUUGAACAUUGUCUAAUCAGGGUGAGCUAGUGUGAUGGGAAGUGUUGCUAGCCUCCAGAGCGUGGCACAGAUGUUUUCCAUGUAGAGCUGGGUUCCCACUGCCACUGCCCAGAGCAAGGGGCCCUCAGACCAGGCUUGUGUCAGUCUGUGAACACUGGGCACAGUGGCCAGUGAGGGAGGUUGACAUGGGACUCAGUCUGACAGAGCGAGCCUCUGGCUGCAUGACACAGCUGCCCUAAGGUCCCACUCACACACUGAGAUGAAGAGAAUUUAGAGAACAGAGCAUAGAGAGAUACAGUGAUGAGUUCACUGUGGCCACCCUGAGGAGAGAGGGUGGGAGGGAGGGAGUGAGGGAGGGAGGGAGGGAGGGAGAGAGAGAGGGAUGGGAGAGAGAGAGGGUAGGGAGAGAGUGAGGGAGAGGGGGGGAGGAAGGGUGGGGUUGUUUUUUGUGCGCAUACGUGCAUCAUGUGUCUUGUGUGUGUAUGUGUGUGUGUGUGUAUGACGAUGGGGUCAAUGUUGCUUUAGGGUCCCAUUGUGUGUGUGUGUGUGUGUGUGUGUGUGUGUGUGUGUGUGUGUGUGUGUGUGUGUGUGUGUGUGUGUGUGUGUGUGUGUCUGUGUGUUUGUGUGUGUGUGUGUGUGUGUGUGUGUGUGUGUGUGUGUGUGUGUGUGUGUGUGUGUGUGUGUGUGUGAUGGCAGUCCUCCUGUGGUCUGCUGUAAUGGACUUAUUGAUCCCUCUGGGCUUCUCUGCCACAAACCGUCGCUACAUGCUGCGGUUACAUGACGGUCAACGCAUUAGAACAGCACAAAUCACUAAGGCUAAUUACAACCAUCGAACGGCUGGGUGGCUGUACAGAGGUGUACGGUAGUAGCCUCAGUCCCAGGGCAAUGCCAGCAUUCCCUUCACUUGGGAAUCGCCGAUUGUUUUCUAUAUGUUAUAAGCAUUUGUAGCUAUUACCUGGAAAACAGGGGUUAUUCUAAAAUGUGUAUGCAGUUUAAAAAUAGAGUCAAGAUGGAAGGUUGUGACAUCAAAUAAUUGAAAAUAAAGCUUUGUUAAAUAAAGGAUAAAUAAAAAUAGUAUAAAAUGCUUUAGUCUACCUGGGACUCAGUAAGGCAGAUUGUUCAUGAUGCACCACUUCUUGUUCACCUCUCCCCCUCCCUUCCCAUCCAAUCUAACCUUCGCAGGUGAUAAGUUGUAGCUUAUCUCAGAGCAUUCUUUUAUUCUUAACCUUUCUGGUAGGUUACAUUAGUGACGCUUGCUAAAAGUGAAACCCAAAAAAAAUCUGUGCAUUGUUAUACUGACUACAUUUCUGCUGCAGUGACACGUUUUUCAUAACGUAUUAAUGCAACAGAUGCACUUUUCCCUUCUGCUCUUCUCUUUCUGAGGAAUACCGGGAGGGCUAGAAAGCCACAGACUGUCCCACUAGAGAGGAGAGGGGGAGGGCAGUGCUGUGAUGGGAGGGUGGUAUAAGGUGGAGAGAGAGGGGGAAAGUGGGAGGGAGAGAGAGGGAGAGUACGGGCAAUAUAAUGGGAAACUAGGGGAGGGGGAGACAAGGAGAGGGGAGACAGGCAGUGGGAUGGGGAUGUGAUGGGGAAUGGAAGAUGAGUAUAAGUGAGAGAGAGAGACAGAGUGGAGAGAGUGUGCUACCAGAGGCAGAUGUAUUGCAAAAGGAAAUAGUAAAAUGGUAUUGUACUGGAAAGAUGGGUUAGUCUGUGGACAUCUGAGGGUUGGAAUUAAGAUUGGAGUGGUUGAUUAAUUGGCCGAUACACUUGGAGUUCAGUGCGAUUAGGAAAUAAACUUUAUAUAUAUUGAAUUGUAAUAUUUUCCACCAAGUUCUCCAACCAGGGGAGAGGAGGGUAGGGGCAUAAUAAUAAAUACACUAAUAUAUACAGUGAGGGGAAAACGUAUUUGAUCCCCUGCUGAUUUUGUACGUUUGCCCACUGACAAAGAAAUGAUCAGUCUAUAAUUGUAAUGGUAGGUUUAUUGUGAGAGACAGAAUAACAACAACAAAAUCCAGAAAAACGCAUGUCAAAAAUGUUAUAAAUUGAUUUGCAUUUUAAUGAGGGAAAUAAGUAUUUGACCCCCUCUCAACAGUGAGAGACAGAAUAACAACAACAAAAUCCAGAAAAACGCAUGUCAAAAAUGUUAUAAAUUGAUUUGCAUUUUCAUGAGGGAAAUAAGUAUUUGACCCCCUCUCAAUCAGAAAGAUUUCUGGCUCCCAGGUGUCUUUUUUAUACAGGUAACGAGCUGAGAUUAGGAGCACACUCUUAAAGGGAGUGCUCCUAAUCUCAGCUUGUUACCUGUAUAAAAGACACCUGUCCACAGAAGCAAUCAAUCAAUCAGAUUCCAAACUCUCCACCAUGGCCAAGACCAAAGAGCUCUCCAAGGAUGUCAGGGACAAGAUUGUAGAUCUAGACAAGGCUGGAAUGGGCUACAAGACCAUCGCCAAGCAGCUUGGUGAGAAGGUGACAACAGUUGGUGCGAUUAUUCGCAAAUGGAAGAAACACAAAAAACUGUUAAUCUCCCUCGGCCUGGGGCUCCAUGCAAGAUCUCACCUCAUGGAGUUGCAAUGGUCAUGAGAACGGUGAGGAAUCAGCCCAGAACUACACGGGUGGAUCUUGUCAAUGAUCUCAAGGCAGCUGGGACCAUAGUCACCAAGAAAACAAUUGGUAACACACUUCGCCAUGAAGGACUGAAAUCCUGCAGCGCCCGCAAGAUCCCCCUGCCCAAGAAAGCACAUGUACAUGCCCGUCUGAAGUUUGCCAAUGGACAUCUGAAUGAUUCAGAGGAGAACUGGGUGGAAGUGUUGUGGUCAGAUGAGACCAAAAUCGAGCUCUUUGGCAUCAACUCAACUCGCCGUGUUUGGAGGUGGAGGAAUGCUGCCUAUGACCCCAAGAACACCGUCAAACAUGGAGGUGGAAACAUUAUGCUUUGGGGGUGUUUUUCUGCUAAGGGGACAGGACAACUUCACUGCAUCAAAGGGACGAUUGACGGGGCAUGUACAGUCAAAUCUUGGGUGAGAACCUCCUUCCCUCAGCCAGGGCAUUGAAAAUGGGUCGUGGAUGGGUAUUCCAGCAUGACAAUGACCCAAAACACACGGCCAAGGCAACAAAGGAGUGGCUCAAGAAGAAGAACAUUAAGCUCCUGGAGUGGCCUAGCCAGUCUCCAGACCUUAAUCCCAUAGAAAAUCUGUGGAGGGAGCUGAAGGUUCGAGUUGCCAAAAGUCAGCCUCGAAACCUUAAUGACUUGGAGAAGAUCUGCAAAGAGGAGUGGAACAAAAUCCCUCCUGAGAUGUGUGCAAACCUGGUGGCCAACUACAAGAAACAUCUGACCUCUAUGAUUGCCAACAAGGGUUUUGCCACCAAGUAAUAAGUCAUGUUUUGCAGAGGGGUCAAAUACUUAUUUCCCUCAUUAAAAUGCAAAUCAAUUUCUAACAUUUUUGACAUGCAUCUUUCUGGAUUUUUUGUUUGUUAUUCUGUCUCUCACUGUUCAAAUAAACGUACCAUUAAAAUUAUAGACUGAUCAUGUUUUUGUCAGUGGGCAAACGUACAAAAUCAGCAGGGGAUCAAAUAUUUUUUUCCCUCACUGUACACUACCAGUCAAAAGUUUGGACACACCUACUCAUUCAAGGGUUUUUCUAAAUGUUUUACUAUUUUCUACAUUGUAGAAUAAUAGUGAAGAUAUCACAACUAUGAAAUAACACAUAUGGAAUCAUGUAGUAACCAAAAAAGUGUUAAACAAAUCAAAAUAUAUUUUAUAUUUGAGAUUUUCAAAUACCCACCCUUUGCCUUGAUGACAGCUUUGCACCCUCUUGGCAUUCUCUCAACCAGCUUCACCUGGAAUGCUUUUCCAACAGUCUUGAAGGAGUUCCCACAUACACUGAGCACUUGUUGGCUGCUUUUCCUUCACUCUGCCGUCCGACUCAUCCCAAACAAUCUGAAUUGGGUUGAGGUCGGGGGAUUGUGGAGGCAGGUCAUCUGAUGCAGCACUCCAUCACUCUCCUUCUUGGUAAAAUAGCCCAUACACAGCCUGGAGGUGUGUUGGGUCAUGGUCCUGUUGAAAAACAAAUGAUAGUCCCACUAAGCCCAAACCAGAUGGGAUGGCGUAUCGAUUUUUUUAUACACACUAUAUGACCAAAAGUAUGUGGAGACCUGUGGGGACUUCCAUUCAGCCACAAGAGCAUUAGUGAGGUCGGGCACUGAUGUUGGGCGAUUAGGCCUGGCUCGCAGUCGGUGUUCCAAUUAAUCCCAAAGGUGUUCGAUGGGGUUGAGGUCAGGGCUCUGUACAGGCCAGUCAAGUUCUUCCACACCGAUAUCGACAAACCAUUUCUGUAUGGAUCUUGCUUUGUGCACGGGGGCAUUGUCAUGCUGAAACAGGAAAGGGCCUUCCCCAAACUGUUGCCACAAAGUUGGAAGCACAGAAUCGUCUAGAAUGUCAUUGUGUGCUGUAGUGUUAAGAUUUCCCUUCACUGGAACUAAGGGGCCUAACCCAAACCAUGAAAAACAACCCCAGACCAUUAUUCCUCCUCCACCAAAAUACAGUGCAUUCGGAAAGUGUUCAGACCCCUUGACUUUUUCCACAUGUUGUUACCUUAUAGCCUUAUUCUAAAAUGGAUUAAAUACAUGUUUUCCCUCAUCAAUCUGCACACAAUAGCUCAAAUAAGCAAAGAGAAACGACAGUCCAUCAUUAUUUUAAGACAUGAAGGUCAGUGAAUCCGGAAAAUGUCAAGAACUUUUAAAGUUUCUUCAAGUGCAGUCGCUAAAACCAUCAAGUGCUAUGAUGAAACUGGCCCUCAUGAGGACCGCCACAGGAAAGGAAGACCCAGAGUUACCUCUGCUGCAGAGGAUAAGUUCAUCAGAGUUAACUGCACCUCAUAUUGCAGCCCAAAUAAAUGCUUCACAGAGUUCAAGUAACAGACACAUCUCAACAUCAACUGUUCAGAGGAGACUGCGUGAAUCAGGCCUUCAUGGUCGAAUUGCUGCAAAGAAACCACUACUAAAGGACACCAAAAAAAAGGAGACUUGCUUUGGCCAAGAAACACGAGCAAUGGACAUUAGACCGGUGGAAAUAUGUCCUUUGGUCUGAUUAGUCCAAAUUUGAGAUUUUUGGUUCCAACCACCGUGUCUUUGUGAGACGCAGAGUAUGUGAACGGAUGAUCUCUGCAUCUGUGGUUCCCACCAUGAAGCAUGGAGGAGGAGGUGUAAUGGUGUGGGGGUGCUUUGCUGGUGACACUGUCAGUGAUUUAUUUAGAAGGCACACUUAACCAGCAUGGCUACCAUAGCAUUCUGCAGCGAUACAGCAUCCCAUCGGUUUGCGCUUAGUGGGAUGUCAUGACUGUCCACGAGAAUCCAAAUAGGUCAGAUCAGGUUUGCAAUGAAUUUCUCCCCAGAGGUCCAUAGGUCAUUCCUGUAGAAUGUCCGAAGCUGGUGCCUUACAGCUGUAGCCUUAUCAUGUAGUUAUCAACUUAGGAUAGUGCCCUAAGCAACACACCACUAAGGAGGAUCACCCUAGAUCUGACAUAAGACAGUAAUUUUGCCAAGACCGUGGACGUAUAUAGAAUAGAGUCCAAUUAGAUGAUUAAGGUGUGGUAACUAUAUUUUGUAUCUUUUGUUUGUGUUUUUAUUCUUGACAUUUGUAAUUAUUUAUUUUCUUUGACACUUAGGAAGUGAUACUGCCACAAACAAGUUCCCCAUACAACCACCAAUUAGUGCCACAAUGCCGCUAAUUUGGGGAAGAAAUGUAACGAUGUAUAGCGUGUGUUGUGUGUUAUUAACGUCUGCCUACAUUACUGCCAAAAUCCACCAGCCUGGACAACGGGUCCGGAACGACGAUACACAACCAGGACAUUCCAUGGCCAUUCUUGUGGUGUUCUGCAGCUCGCAUAAAUCCUACUAGGUUAAACCACCAGAGGGGGACUGUCACAACGAUCCACAACCAGGAUUCCUGUGGUCAUUCUUGUGGUGGGUUGCAACUUGCAGAAUCCUUCCAAGAUUGAACCCACCAGAAGGGGACUGUCAUGACUGUCCACGAGAAUCCAAAUAGGUCAGAUCAGGUUUACAAUGAAUAACUUAAAUCAGACCCCCUCUCACCCAUAGAGGGGAAGGAAAGAACUAGGGGGAAUUAACAACUCACGCCCUGUUGUAAAUCAGGGGAGAAGAAUCAGGCCUGCACUCUCAAGAUUUACCAAAGGAAUGUUCUUUGUUCCAACAUACUUUUUCCUGCUGAAACUCUACCACAUUCAAACGCGAAUACUGGAACAAUAUUUCUAACGUAGAACGUGGGGAAUGGUCAGAGGCGAUCUAUAGGACACUAAGGUCAUUUUGUUUGUUAUUUUGUGAUGUCAUAAAAAAUGUUAUAAAGGAAAUACUGUAACUUGGAAAGUAUAUCCACUACAUAUAUGACGUUCCAAUACUAUACGUUGUGCAUGUAAUAUGAACAAUUAUGAAAGUAUUUUUGUUAAGAGAGGGAUGCGAUUUGAGAAGAUAUAAGAGAUAAUUAUUUUCCAUAAGACUUUGCACAAUGAGUAAUCACCGCCCCAGGGAGCAUGCCAGCCUGCCGGAACCGCCCCUUUCUAGAAAAAGGUAUAAAGGAGGGGUUACGAAUUAACACAUUAGACCAGAAAAGCCGCUUCACGUUUAAAAUGGUUUGAACUUUGAAUCUCAACACGAGGUGAAGACGAUAAACUCACCUUCCGUACAAUCACUGGUACAGCUGAUUAGCUGUCCUAAGCAAAGUAUCUUACAAAGCAAAUUUAAGUAGGACAAUCCUGUUACUCUGCUCAAACCAUCGUAUUAUGCUACUCUCAUCACCCCAUGGGGGAACCAUCGAUACGGCUGUCUAGCCUAUCUCCAAUGAAGCAUCUUCAAGAGCAAAUGGAAGGAAAAUCAACUCUGUAGUUCUAUUCAGGACCACACGACAAGUCAUACCGGACAACUACGAAGAAGGACAACAGGAGAAGAGUUGUUGGAACCAUUUUGGACCAUCAGAGCCUUACAAGCAUGUCGCGAAAGGGCCCAACCCCCUUUCCAAGGCUACCCCGUUCACCGAGAGAUCCCCGGUGAAUGCAGGCAUUUCACGUAAAUACAUUCAUGAUUUCUUGCUCAAAGCGGGUGGCGGUUUGUGCGCAAAGUACAUGGUUACUGUAGGUGAGAGUAUUUUCUGAAUGUGGCAAUUGUAAGUGUCUCUGUCCCUCUCUCUCUCCCUCUUCCUCUCUUCUUUAACUAGCACCCAUGUUGUUGUCAUUCCGCUAGGGACCUGUUUUCAACGUAUUAAGUCUCCAGUCAAUAACUGGUGCAGAGUGUGUGUGUUUAUCCUGUGUUCCCAUUUAAUUAGCUAGUAAAUAAAUAAUUAAACCAAUUUGUGUAGUACUGAAACAUAAAUAAGGCUCGGGUUUUUUCAGAUGCAAGGAGGUUACGACUGUUCAGAAUGAUGAUAUGAUACGAGGUUAUGAUUAAUAAGUUGACUGUUUAUAGAUGUGAUAUGUAAAGACAUUUUAGAGUUUAAUUCGGGAGAUGGUAACUCUUUAAAGGGACUGCUCUCGUGGUGCCCCAGAUCCUAAUGAGUUAAUUGUUACAUGAUUAAUUGAAUCGGGUAACAAUUAAACAUAGUUAGUUAAUUAGAUAAAUAACAGUCUUCAGAUGAAUGUUAAAGUCAAGUCACGACAGGGACUAUCAUUUGUUUUUCAACAGGACAAUGACCUAAAACACACCUCCAGGCUGUGUAAGGGCUAUUUGACAAAGGAGAGUGAUGGAGGGCUGCAACAGAUGACCUGGUCUCCACGAUCACCCAACCUCAACCCAAUUGAUAUGGUUUGGGAUGAGUUGGACCGCAGAGUGAAGGAAAAGCAGCCAACAAGUGCUCAGCAUAUGUGGGAACUCCUUCAAGACUGUUGGAAAAGCAUUCCUCAUGAAGCUGGUUGAGAGAAUGCCAAGAGUGUGCAAAGCUGUCAUCAAGGCAAAGGGUGUCUACUUUGAAGAAUCUCAAAUAUAAAAUAUAUUCAUUUGUGUAACCCUUUUUUGGUUAAUACAUGAUUCCAUAUGUGUUAUUUCAUAGUUUUGAUGUCUUCACUAUUAUUCUACAAUGUGGAAAAUAGUAAAAAUAAAGCAAAACCCUCGAAUAAGUAGGUGUGUCCAAACUUUUGACUGGUACUGUAUAUAUAUAUAUAUAUAUAUAUAUAUAUAUAUAUAUAUAUAUAUAUAUAUAUAUAUAUACAAAAAAGGGGGAUUAGAAAUGAUGCAGGUAAUUGUAUUUGAUAUAUUUCAAUUAUAUCUGCUAAUUUCAUAUCCCAUAAAAACAUUGUGCAUGAAUCCAUAGAAAUAUAAUUCAAAUUCCAUGGUCAGAUCCUAUUCCGAACCAGUACUAUGAAGAUGGAAAUGACUUUAUCUCACAACAUAUCUUUUCCUGGUCCAUAUUAUCAGAUGUCCGUAUCUUGGAUUUUAAUUUUUUUUCCUAAUCUCCUGUGACAGACUGCAUUAUUGACAUUCAGGAAUACAGGUAGCAUCCCAAAUGGAACCCUAUUCCCUACACAGUGCACUAUACAAGGAAUGGGGUGCCAUUUGGGACGUACACAGAGAGGAGAGAGCCAGUAGUUUGUUUGUGACUCAAUCUGUAACUGUGUUCAUUCUUUAACUGGAACAAAAGGCUGCUGCUUCACAGCCAUCUGUCUGUAAAUGUCACAUCACUCACAGGAACAGAAAGUCUAUUAAAUCAUCUUCCUAUACACUACGACUGCUUUCUCCUACUACACAAUUGACAAUUGUACACAAAGAAAGACAUGACAAAAGAUGUACUGUUAGAAUCUGUGUUCGACUCCUGCCACUGCUUCCCACUCUAACUGAUAAUGAAGAACGGAAGCAGAGAGAAAGGGAGAGUGAGAGAGAGGGAGAGAAAGAGAGAGAAAAUGAGAGAUAAAGGGGAGAAAAAAAUGAAAACGUGAACGGGUAAUUGAGAGAUUGAAAGAAUGAGUGAAUGAAUAUGUACGUGUGUGUUUACGUGCGUUCCUGGAUGCGCACGCGUUUCCAUAAUCCAUACAUUUUUGGAAGUGUGAGUGCGCGGGAGCGAUCGGUCACGUACUGAAUUAAUGGAUUCUCUGGCGUGGGGAGCAGGAUUGGCUGCUUGGACGUCAAGGUGACACUCAGGGAACAGGGAGGAACAGGGGAAAGUGUUUACCCAGCAUUCCAUGUGCCAAGCGAUUUCCUCUUAAAUAAGUGCAUCAUCCCAUCCAGGUGAUGGUAUCUCCGGCUUUCGAUAAUACCACACUGGCUCAGGGGGCAGGACUUUGUCUCAAAUGGCACCUUAGUCCCUAUGUAGUGCAUAGGGCUCGGUCAAAAGCAGUACACUAUAUAGGCAGCAGGGUGCCAUCCCCUGGUCAAAAGUAGUGCACUAAAAAGGAAUAGGGAAAGUAGUCAGCCACAACCCAGGAUGGUUAAAGCCAGGGGGAGGGGGCUUAGGAGCACACUUCACUGAAAGGAGAGAGGGAGGGACCAUGCAGGAACACAGCACUAGAGGCAGCAUAGAGUGAAUGAUCAAACCUUAAUAGGCAGGGAGCUGAUGAAGGAAUAUGGUUUGGGAGAGACAGGAGGGCCACGGGGGUGUGCUGCACUCGUUCAGAGUGCUUGCAUCAUCAAUAUUGUGGCAGGAGCUGGGUGUAGGAGGCAGGCGGUACCUGUGGAUGACUGAUGAGCGCUGGGCUGGUUAUGAGAGGACUCACUCUGCUGAGACCUCUAGCUCCAUCCUCAGAAACUGAUCGGGCAUAGUGCAGUUUGGGCAAAUGCUGGAUGGGCUGCGCCAUCUUUAACCCAGUGGGCCUGUCUAAAUGUGUGUUUUUGUGCAGAAUGAUCAUCAUUUAGCUAAUAACGGGGGGCCCAGGCUGUUUGCUGGUCCUAGUCCUUCCCUGUCCAUCCUCACUGGAGUAACAGACAACACCAGAACACCAGGCCCAUUAUAAUCACUGCCAGUACCGUGAGUGUCUGUCCUAGCAGUCUGGACUCAGUGUGAAUUACAUUCUGUACUACUGAUGUCUAGGCCUAUUCUGCUCCCCCGUAGCCAUGUGUGUAGUAAUGUAAUACAUGUCCAUAUCAGAACUACUAUAGUUUGACCUCUCGGUCACUCAAGGCGUCAGGAAAUAGGAACCAGUCACUUCACAUUCCGGUAACACAGAGAUGUGUCUUCAACCGGCUGAGUCAGACGGAUUACUCACAAACACACAGUCGCAUGCACAUGCACAAGGACAAGCACGCGCGCCAAUGUGUAAUAGUGGAUGGAGUUUACGACAUGCUAUUUUGGGUGUUUCAGUGCUGUAACACAGAUCAAUAUGUUGAUACAGAACUCAAUAGCACAUUCACCUCCUGUACAGGAAGAACUACAAAGACCUGUCAAUGAUGAAGCCAUUCAGAUGCUUUACAUCCAGCUUUCUAAACAGAGUAUUGAUCAAUCAAUCAAUCAAAUUGUAUUUAUAAAGCCCUUUUUACAUCAGCAGAUGUCACAAAGUGCUAUACAGAAACCCAGCCUAAAACCCCAAACAGCAAGCAAUGCAGAUGUAGAAGCACGGUGGCCAGGAAAAACUCCCUAGAAAGGCAGAAACCUAGGAAGAAACCCAGAGAGGAACCAGGCUCUGAGGGGCUGGACUAGUGGCAGUGCUACCAUCCCUAUGGCGUCAAAUCAGCCUCUAAAGUCCAUUGCGCGCGAGAUGGCACUGUCGAGCAAGAUGAAACAUCAUUGAGCAAGCAAACAGUGAGCGCAGAGGAUGAGUGCUGGGAGCGCACAGACCAGUCAAGAGCGCAGAAUGUGGUCGAGCAAGCAGAGGAUGGGUCCCGCGAGUGCACAGGCUGCGGGGGUGCGUCAAUUAAACUUGAGUUGUAAGUGUGACUUUGAGUGAGCAGAAAAUCAUUGCUGUAGACAGUUACCAGAAUCUUUGGAUUAACCAAAAGCACUGUAGCUCGCUGGCUAAAUUAAUGGGGUAUUUAGAGAUGGAGGACUUGGAAGACCAGCAUGACUGGGAGGGUGUGGUAGAGGAGGGAGAGGCAGGGUGAGAACAGUUUAGUGGUUAAGAGCAUUAUGCCAGUAACCGAAAGGUCGCUGGUUCUAAUCCCUGAGUCGACUAGGUGAAAAAUCUGUUGAUGUGCCCUUGAGCAAGGCACUUAACCCUAAUUGCUCCUGUAAGUCGCGCUGGAUAAGAGAGUCUGCUAAAAAAAUGAAAUAAAAAGAACAGACAGGGAAGGCUCUCACUGAGGAAGAUGCCCUUGAUUGAGAUGGGGUGAGGGGGAGCCAAGAGAGAUCAAAUUCCGAACAAAAUAGUCAAUAUUGUAAACCGCUAAUGGCAUACUUUGAGAUACAGUCUAUUUGAUUACUUUUACUCUGGCAGUUUAUGUGCAGUUACAAUAAAAGAGAAUGACCUCUAACCAUCUUCUUUUUUUUAUUUUUUUAUUUAACCUUUAUUUAACCAGGUAAGCCAGUUGAGAACAGGUUCUCAUUUACAACUGCGACCUGGCCAAGAUAAAGCAAAGUAGUGCAAUAAAAACAACACAGAGUUACAUAUGGGGUAAAAAAACAUAAAGUCAGAAAUACAACAGAAAAUAUAUAUACAGUGUGUGCAAAUGUAGCAAGUUAUGGAGGUAAGGCAAUAAAUAGGCUAUAGUGCAGAAUAAUUACAAUAGUAUUAACACUGGAAUGCUAGAUGUGCAAGAGAUUAUGUGCAAAUAGAGAUACUGGGGUGCAAAAGAGCAAAAUAAAUAACAAUAUAGGGAUGAGGUAGUUGGGUGGGCUAAUUUCAGAUGGGCUGUGUACAGGUGCAGUGAUCGGUAAGGUGCUCUGACAACUGAUGCUUAAAGUUAUUGAGGGAGAUAAGAGUCUCCAGCUUCAGAGAUUUUUGCAAUUCGUUCCAGUCAUUGGCAGCAGAGAACUGGAAGGAAUGGCGGCCAAAGGAGGUGUUGGCUUUGGGAAUGACCAGUGAGAUAUACCUGCUGGAGCGCAGACUACGGGUGGGUGCUGCUAUGGUGACCAAUGAGCUAAGAUAAGGCGGGGAUUUGCCUAGCAGUGAUUUAUAGAUGGCCUGGAGCCAGUGGGUUUGACGACGGACAUGUAGUGAGGACCAGCCAACAAGAGCGUACAGGUCACAGUGGUGGGUAGUGUAUGGGGCUUUGGAGACAAAACGGAUGGCACUGUGAUAGACUACAUCCAAUUUGCUGAGUAGAGUGUUGGAGGCUAUUUUGUAAAUGACAUCGCCGAAGUCAAGGAUCGGUAGGAUAGUCAGUUUUACGAGGGCAUGUUUGGCAGCAUGAGUGAAGGAGGCUUUGUUGCGAAAUAGGAAGCCGAUUCUAGAUUUAACUUUGGAUUGGAGAUUCUUUAUGUGAGUCUGGAAGUUGAGUUUAUAGUCUAACCAGACACCUAGAUAUUUGUAGUUGUCCACAUACUCUAGGUCAGACCCGUCGAGAGUGGUGAUUCUAGUCGGGUGGGCGGGUGCUAGCAGCGUUCGAUUGAAAAGCAUGCAUUUAGUUUUACUAGUGUUUAAGAGCAGUUGAAGGCUACUGAAGGAUUGUUGUAUGGCAUUGAAGCUCGUUUGGAGGUUUGUUAACACAGUGUCCAAUGAAGGGCCAGAUGUAUACAAAAUGGUGUCGUCUGCGUAGAGGUGGAUCUGAGAGUCACCAGCAGCAAGAGCGACAUCAUUGAUAUACACAGAGAAAAGUGUCGGCCCAAGAAUUGAACCCUGUGGCACCCCCAUAGAGACUGCCAUAGGUCCAGACAACAGGCCCUCCGAUUUGACACACUGAACUCUAUCUGAGAAGUAGUUGGUGAACCAGGCGAGGCAGUCAUUUGAGAAACCAAGGCUAUUUAGUCUGCCAAUAAGAAUGCGGUGGUUGACAGAGUCGAAAGCCUUGGCCAGGUCGAUGAAGACGGCUGCACAGUACUGUCUAUUAUCAAUCGCGGUUAUAAUAUCGUUUAGGACCUUGAGCGUGGCUGAAGUGCACCCGUGACCAGCUCGGAAACCGGAUUGCAUAGCGGAGAAGGUACGGUGGUAUUCGAAAUGGUCGAUGAUCUGUUUGUUAACUUGGCUUUCGAAUACUUUCGAAAGGCAGGGCAGGAUGGAUAUAGGUCUGUAGCAGUUUGGAUCUAGAGUGUCACCCCCUUUGAAGAGGGGGAUGACCGCGGCAGCUUUCCAAUCUCUGGGGAUCUCAGACGUUAUGAAAGAGAGGUUGAACAGACUAGUAAUAGGGGUUGCGACAAUUUCGGCGGCUAGUUUUAGAAAGAAAGGGUCCAGAUUGUCUAGCCCAGCUGAUUUGUAGGGGUCCAGAUUUUGCAGCGCUUUCAAAACAUCAGCUGUCUGAAUUUGUGUGAAGGAGAAGCGGGGGGGGGGGGCAUGGGCAAGUUGCAGCAGAGGGUGCAGAGUUGGUGGCCGGGUUAGUGGUAGCCAGAUGGAAAGCAUGGCCAGCUGUAGCAAAAUGCUUGUUGAAAUUCUCGAUUAUUGUAGAUUUAUCGGUGGUGAUAGUGUGCAGUGGGCAGCUGGGAGGAAGUGCUCUUAUUCUCCAUGGACUUUACAGCGUCCCAAAACUUUUUGGAGUUAGUGCUACAGGAAGCAAAUUUCUGUUUGAAAAAGUUAGCCUUUGCUUUCCUGACUGCUUGUGUAUAUUGGUUCCUAACUUCCCUGAAAAGUUGCAUAUCGCGGGGGCUAUUUGAUGCUAAUGCUGUAUGCCACAGGAUGUUUUUGUGCUGGUCAAGGGCAGUCAAGUCUGAGGAGAACCAGGGGCUAUAUCGGUUCUUAGUUCUGUAUUUUUUGAAUGGGGCAUGUUUAUUUAAGAUUGAGAGGAAAUUACUUUUAAGGAACAACCAGGCAUCCUCUACUGACGGAAUGAGAUCUAUAUCCAUCCAGGAUACCUGGGCCAGGUCAAUUAGGAAGGCCUCCUCGCAAAAGUGUUUUAGGGAGCGUUUGACAGUGAUGAGGGGUGGUCGUUUGACCGCGGACCCGUUACGGACGCAGGCAAUAAGGCAGUGAUCGCUGAGAUCCUGGUUGAAGACAGCUGAGGUGUAUUUAGAGGGUGUGUUAGUCAGGAUGAUAUCUAUGAGGGUACCCAUGUUUACGGAUUUAGGGUUGUACCUGGUAGGUUCGUUGAUAAUUUGCGUGAGGUUGAGGGCAUCUAGCUUGGAUUGUAGGAUGGCUGGGGUAUUAAGCAUAUCCCAAUUUAGGUCACCAAGCAGUACAAACUCUGAGGAUAAAUGGGGGGCAAUCAAUUCACAUAUGGUGUCCAGGGCACAGCUGGGGGCUGAGGGGGGUCUGUAGCAAGCGGCAACAGUGAGAGACUUAUUUCUGGAAAGGUGGAUUUUUAGAAGUAGAAGCUCAAACUGUUUGGGCACAGACCUGGAUAGUAUGAUAGAGCUCUGCAGGCUAUCUCUACAGUAGAUUGCAACUCCACCCCCUUUGGCAGUUCUAUCUAGACGGAAAAUGUUAUAGUUGGGGAUGGAAAUUUCAGAAUUUUUGGUGGCCUUCCUGAGCCAGGAUUCAGACACUGCUAGAACAUCAGGGUUGGCAGAGUGUGCUAACGCAGUGAAUAACUCAAACUUAGGAAGUAGACUUCUGAUAUUUAUGUGCAAGAAACCAAGACUUUUGCGAUUACAGAAGUCAUCAAAUGAUAGCGCCUGGGGAGUAGGAGUGAUACUGAGGGCUGCAGGGCCUGGGUUAGCCUCUACAUCACCAGAGGAACAGAGGAGGACUAGAAUAAGGAUACGGCUAAAGGCUUUAAGAACUGGUCUUCUAGUGCGUUGGGUACAUAGAAUAAAGGGGGCAGAUUUCCGGGUGUUAUAGAAAAGAUUCAGGGCAUUAUGUACAGACAAGGAUAUGGAAGGAUAUGAGUAAAGUGGAGGUAAACCUAAGCGUUGGGUAACAAUGAAAGAGAUAGUAUCUCUAGAGGCAUCAAUUGAGUCGGUCUCUGAGUGUAUGGGGGGAGGGACAAAAUAGCUAUCUAAGGCAGGUUUAGCUAGGCUGGGGGGUCUACAGUGAUAUAGUACAAUUAGAAAUAACCGAAACAACAAUAAACUAACCAUGUUUGGGCUGAGGCUAAACAUAAACAGGAUGUAGUACCGUAAAAAGGAACAGUCCAGCAGAUAUCAGCUGUAUAGCUGAGUUAUCAUAAGGUCCGGUGGUGAAGCGCUAGUGAGUAAGAGGGUUAGCAGGGGCUAGUAAGGGCUAGCAGAUGGAUGGAAUCUUCGUGGUUAACGUCGUAACCACAUCAGACGAUUUCGUCGGCAGACCAGUCGUGUAGGAUCGGCGGGGCUUCGUGUCAACACUAGGUGGUCCCGUCCGGUUGACAGAGAGGUAGAUAGCCGGGAGAUGGGCCUAGCUCAGGAUGAUUAGCCAGACCACAGCGUCCGUUUUGUUGUAGCCAGCUGGUAGCGAUGAAUCCGGAGUUAAAGGUCCAGUGAUUCAGUGAUUCCGGCGGAAAAACUGAUAUGUUCUGGGUCGAUAACGCGCUGUGCAGACUGGCCGAAUAUCCGGUGAUCAAUGUCCAGUGAUUAAAAUUAAUCCCGCGGAAAAAAAAUCCAAUGUUCUGAGUGAAACACCGCUAGCUGUGGCUAAUAGCAAGUAGCUAGUUAGCUGAAACUGGCUAGCUAGUUUCAACUGGAGAUUCUAGAUUCUAGACAAAGGUAAGUCAACAAUAGAAUCCGUUCCACAUUGAGUGAGGCGGGUUGCAGGAAAGUAUAUUUUCUAGAAGGAUGAAAAGUCUGAUAGGGAAACAUGUACGAAAAAUACAAAAAAAACAGGGUAUUUACAGGCUAUUUACAGACACACGACAGAAACAGGACUGCACUACUUCGCCAUCUCCAUACAAGCCCACUUUCACUAUGUGAUGGGGAGGUUGUUCUCUGCUUAGUUAAUAGAGAUAAGAGAUACAGGAGUCAACUCUGUUCCAAGUACCUUGGCUCUCCUCAAUGUACAGCACUCUGGGGACUUCCUGCAGGUAUCAAUCACCCCCCAUAACUAAAUAAGUAGUGGUACUGAGAGUGGUACUGACGCUGUAUGGACAUUUGUCACGUAGAUAGGAUGAUGUUAUUGACGUUGACCAACUGCUUCCUAUUUGGUUAGAAAGAUGGUUCUAUACAGAGGAUGGUUCUAUACUGAAUGUGUACAAGUAGGUUAGGUAAGGGAUGAAGUGAAAACCAAUAGGAGGAUAGCUCCCCACGACGAGGGUUGGGCAUGAAAUUACAGCAGGCUGUUCAAUACUGAGCCAUACUGACUGACGAGUGGCGUGGAUUAGUACAGCUUGGAUCAGUCCCACAUAGUAUAUUAUCACUUAUUUGGCUAAAUGAUUAUCCAUAGUUGCCUCUUAAUAAAGCUGCAGUCCUAAAAUGGACUGUUACCUUGAAUGCAAUAUUAAGAUGUUAAAACUUUUCAACUCCAAUUGAACUCUGUCUAUUUUUACUCUCUAUCUCACUGCAGUAGUUCUCAGGAGACGGGUCAGUGUGUGUGUAGAGAACAUUUGUCUGACAAGGUGGGGUCAGCUUUCUACUUCAUCGCCCUGGACCACUACACCUACGAGGCAGAGGACGCCAGGUUUGGACCUGUGAGUCACCUUUGACCUUGACGUAACUUUCUUCUAAGGCUUUUGGGAUCAUGGGUGUUCCCUAGCUCAUCUUGUGCCUUACACAACUCAGCACAUAUGUAUCCGACCACUUUCCUCAGUGGAGUCCUGACCAGGGGUAUCAAACUCCAAUGUCUAUGUACCUGUUGUGUUGGCUUAGUUACCGGACCAGUGGGAGGAGCUGUUGAUAACAGUGAUGCAUCCCAGUGUGAUCUCAACAAACAGCCGCUGUGGCAACACCAUGCCUGAUGACGACAACCAGAUGAUAUUCCUUCACCCUGGAUCACGGUAAACACACACCUAGUCUCUCUCUCUGUGUAUGUUUGUUGCGUGUGAGAGAGUGAGUCAUGGGUCUGUAUAUGCAAGUGUUUGUAGUGUAGGAUAUACGUUUUGUGUAUAUGAGUCUACUGUGAGUCUGUAUACACCCUGUAUUACAUGCCUGUGUUUUGUUUGCACACACUUUUCCUGUAUGUGAAUUAGUGCAGUGUUUUGUGACAUCCAUCUCUCUCUCGCAUUCUCAGAUAUUUGGUGCUCCCCAGACCAGUGUUUCAAGGCAGGGAUGGACUACACUGUUUGUCUGAGCUUGCCCCUCUACUCUGCACUCAGUGAUGUCCAGUCCCCAUACACACUCAUCGACUCGGUUAGUUCCUACACACACUCUUAAACACCUAGACACAACUGAGACUUUUGCGUACAUCAUGCAUUGAUGUCACUAAUUUAAAGUUGGGAUAUAGCUUUUCAACUGUACUAAAUCGAAUUCCAUCUUCUGUAUCUUUCUGUCCUCUCUAUAGAUUGUGCCGAUGCCGCACCGUAAGAACCUGGAGAUUUUCACUGGUUCUGAGGGAGUUGACGUAGCCACCAACGGUGACUGGGACACGUUCCAGCAUCACUGUUGUCUUGAGAACAACCAGAGUGUGGUCAAGACACCCUCCACAGACAUCAGCUGCAAUUUCAUCUCUAGCGCGUCAGCUCUGCUGCAUCAGGGAGCAAAAGGUAUGGCACCGCGCUCCCAACAGUCAUGUGUGACUGCUUAAACAUCCUUAAACAUACUUGUAUGCUCAUUUAUGUGUUUCUUAACUAAAGGUCUAUGGAAGGUUUCUUAUGGCUCAAUAAUACUGACGAACGCCGUGGAUUGUACAUCUCUGCUCAGUCCCACAUAGUGAUGUCUGCCAUUCCAUAUUGAGACAAACAUGCAACAGCUCUGUGCAAUUUUAUCUUUCCUCGAUUCCUUGCAUCCUUUUUCCGUGCCUUCUAAAACCCCAUCGGAGGAGAGGACCGAAGGUUCCUCCCCUCAGACCUCCAAUAGGUUUUGAGAAGGAUGCGAGUAGUGGAAGUGAGGAUUUGAGCAGAGAUGAAUUGGGACAGAGCUCAUGCCAUUGUUUUAGGUGGAAUCUAAUGUUUAAUGAUACAUUUGUUAUCUGUUUGCACAUAAAUUAUAUCUUUGUUCUACAUGUGCUCUUUCCACAGAUGACUCUGGCUUGCUGAUAACAUCUGAUCUGAUGAGACUCCCUAUGUGAUUUGACUCCUGUAUUACUGCCUGUUCUCAAUAAAACUUCCAAUGCCAAAUUUAAAUAAUCUGACACUGUAAUUUGAUAGACAAUGGUAGUUCCCAAUCAGACAAUUACUAUAAAACAAAUCUGUUUUCCUCAGUUAAAUGUUUGGUGAAUGCAUGCCGUUGCUUUGUCCUUAGUGCUCCUUUAAAUGCUGUGUGUACUAUAAUGACAUGUUAACCUGAGUUUAGCUGGUUAAUCAUAUUAAUUUCAGUUUACAUUCUGUUAUUUGGCACUGGUUAUGUACUGUAUUAAUGUAGCACGUCCUCCCCUCCGUGUCUCCAUAUAAAUCAAAAUCCCCAUACGCUGUGUGUGUGUGCCCUUGGGAUUAAUACAGUGCAUUUGGAAAGUAUUCAGACCUUUUGACUUUUUCCACAUUUUGUUACGUUACAGCCUUAUUCUAAAAAGGAUUAAAUAAAUGUUUUUCCUUAUCAAUCUACAUACAAUAUCCAAUAAUGACAAAGCGAAAACAGGUUUUUAGACAUUUUUGCAAAUGUAUUAAAAAUAAACAACAGAAAUACCUUAUUUACAUAAGAAUUUCAACCCUUUGCUAUGAGAAUCAAAAUUGAGCUCAGGUGCAUCCUGUUACCAUUGAACCUGUGGUAAAUUCAAUUAAUUGGACAUGAUUUGGAAAGGCACACACCUGUCUAUAUCAGUUCCCACAGUUGACAGUGCAUAUCAGAGCAAGAACCAAGCCAUGAGGUUAAGGAAUUGUCCGUACGGCUCCGAGACAGGAUUGUGUCGAGGCACAGAUCUGGGGAAGGGUACCAAAACAUUUCUGCGGCAUUGAAGGGAGGUGACCAAGAACCCGAUGGUCACUCUGACAGAGCUCCAGAGUUACUCUGUGAAGAUGAGAGAACCUUCCAGAAGGACAACCAUCUCUGCCGCACUCCACCAAUCAGGCCUUUAUGGUAGAGUGACCAGACAGAAGCCACUCCUCAGUAAAAGGCACAUGACAGCCCGCUUGGAGUUUGCCAAAAGGCACCUAAAGACUCUCAGACCAUGAGAAACAAGAUUAUCUGGUCUGAUGAAACCAAGAUUGAACUCUUUGGCCUGAAUGCCAAGCGUCACGUCUGGAGGUAACCUGGCACCAUCCCUACGGUGAAGCAUGGUGGUGGCAGCAUCAUGCUGUGGGGAUGUUUGGGAGAUUAUUCAGGAUCGAAGCAAAGAUGAACGGAGCAAAGUACAGAGAGAUCCUUGAUGAAAACCUGCUCCAGAGUGCUCAGGACUUCAGACUGGGGUGAAGGGUCACCUUCCAACAGGACAACGACCCUAAGCACACAGCCAAGACAGCCAAAGCUUCGGGACAAGUCUCUGAAUGUCCAUGAGUGGCCCAGCCAGAGCCCAGACUUGAACCCAAUCGAACAUCUCUGGAGAGACCUGAAAAUAGCUGUACAGCAACGCUCCCCCCAACCUGACAGACCUUGAGAGGAUCUGCAGAGAAGAAUGGGAGAAACUCCCCAAAUACAGGUGUGCCAAGCUUGUAGCGUCAUACCCAAGAAGACUCGAUGCAGUAAUCGCUGCCAAAGGUGCUUCAACAAAGUACUGAGUAAAGGGCCUGAAUACUUAUGUAAAUGGCAUAUUUCAGUUUUCAUUUAUUUAUAAAUUAGCACAAAUGUCUAAAAACCUGUUUUUUUCUUUGUCAUUAUGUGGUAUUGUGUGUAGAUUGACGAGGGGAAAAAACAAUUUAAUCAAUUUUAGAAUAAGGCUGUAACGUAACAAAAUGUGGGAAAAGUCAAGGGGUCUGAAUACUUUCCGAAUGCACUGUAAAUACUUUUUGGGCGACCCGACAAAUUCACAUAGAAAUGUAUGUUAUAGAUAUGUUAUUCUUUAAAGUGAACUCUAGGGUAAAAAAAGUGAAAGAACUCAGUUCUCUUUGUAUUCACACUGUCCUUGCCUUUGAAUGAGGACUCAGACCUCUUGCUGGUUUAUUUCACCUCUAUUGAGGUCUCAGUCCUCUUUGCAUUCACAUUGUCAUGAUUCCAUGAGACCAUUUACAGAUGUGCAAUUUGGGUGAGAGAUGUGCAUUUUGGGUAUUUGCACAUGGAAAAAGAUGGCAGCCCCUGCUGGAUUUGCUGUCCUUUCAGCAUUGCUUUUUCUACUAAUUAAAAGCAGAGACAGGGAGAAGCAAUAUCUGAUUUCUCACCUUCACACUAAACACAAAAUUAUCCUGCACCGACUGAGGAAGAAACAAACAUGAAGGAGAAGGUUUUUGAUGAACCAGAACCAAAAACUGUCCAGAGUACAGGUGAUGCUGCUAGCAACACUGGCAGUCCAAUGCUUUCCAGAAAGGUAGGUUAGCCAAGUAAAGCGGCUCUCCUGAGUAGAGCUUGAUUAUUUGUAUUUAAUUAUUUUUAACAUAUGUUAUUAAAUGUAAUUACUUAAUUACAUAUUACAAUAUUAUGAAAUUAAAGUAUUACAUAUUAUAACGUAAUUGCAAUUAUUGAAUUAUACAUAAUUUCCUUCAUGGAAUAAAACAAAUGAAUGGUAUUAUUGUAUAUAUGAGAUACUAUAUUUAGCAUUCAUAACAGCAUUCAUGACAUUACUUUGCUUACAUAGAAAAUAUAUUGAAUAUAUUGAAUAUUGCUCAUUUCAGAUCAUGCUGGACUAAAGAACGAACCAGCAUUUGGUGGGAGAGAACAUGCACCUGGAAUGACAGACUGGCUGCGACAUGUUAAAAUAAGCAGGGACACAUUUCUGUACAUCUGAAACCAACUGCGACAUCACCUUGAAAGAAAGCGAACACGUUACAGCUCGAAUGUUCCAUUAGUGGGAAAACACCAUUAUCAAAAGUGACCGUAAAUGUGAUUACACAUUACAUUUUACAUUUUAGUCAUUUAGCAGACGCUCUUAUCCAGAGCGACUUACAGUUAAGCGAGUGCAUACAUUAUUUUUUAUUUUUUCAUACUGGCCCCCCGUGGGAAUCGAACCCACAACCCUGGCGUUACAAACGCCAUGUUCUACCAACUGAGCUACAUCCCUGCCGGCCAUUCCCUCCCCUACCCUGAACGACGCUGGGCCAAUUGUGCGCCGCCCCAUGGGUCUCCCGGUCGCGGCCGGCUACGACAGAGCCUGGAUUCGAACCAGGAUCUCUAGUGGCACAGCGACACAUGUAACACAGCGACACAUGUAAUGCUUUUAUUAUAAAAAUUAAUUUUUGUGGUGAAAAUGAUCUUCCCCAAACUUGAAACUCACGCGCUGUGUAUGUACAGUUGAAGUCGGAAGAUUACAUACACCUUAGCCACAUACAUUUAGACUCAGUUUUUCACAAUUGCUGACUAAUCCUAGUAAAAAUUCCCUAUCUUAGGUCAGUUAGGAUCUCCACUUUAUUUUAAGAAUGUGAAAUGUCAGAAUAAUAGUAGAGAGAAUGAUUUAUUUCAGCUUUUAUUUCUUUCAUCACAUUCCCAGUGGGUCAGAAGUUUACAUACACUCAAUUAGUAUUUGGUAGCAUUGCCUUUAAAUUGGUUAACUUGGGUCAAACAUUUCGGGUAGCCUUCAACAAGCUUCCCACAAUAAGUUGGGUGAAUUUUGGCCCAUUCCUCCUGACAGAGCUGGUGUAACUGAGUCAGGUUUGUAGGACUCCUUGCUCGCACACGCUUUUUCAGUUCUGCCCACACAUUUUCUAUAGGAUUGAGGUCAGGGCUUUGUGAUGGCCACUCCAAUACCUUGACUUUGCAGUCCCUCCUGCAGCAAAGCACCCCCACAGCAUGAUGCUGCCACCCCCGUGCUUCACGGUUGAGAUGGUGUUCUUCGGCUUGCAAGCCCCCCCUUUUUCCUCCAAACAUACCAAUGGUCAUUAUGGCCAAACAGUUCUAUUUUUGUUUUAUCAGACCAGAGGACAUUUCUCCAAAAAGUACAAUCUUUGUCCCCAUGUGCAGUUGCAAACCGUAGUCUGGCUUUUUUAUGGCGGUUUUGGAGCAGUGGCUUCUUCCUUGCUGAGCGGACUUUCAGGUUAUGUUGAUAUAGGAAUCGUUUUACUGUGGAUAUAGAUACUUUUGUACCUGUUUCCUCCAGCAUCUUCACAAGGUCCUUUGCUGUUGUUCUGGGAUUGAUUUGUACUUUUCGCACCAAAGUAUGUUAAUCUCUAGGAGACAAAAUGCACCUCCUUACUGAGCGGUAUGACGGCUGCGUGGUCCCAUAGUGUUUAUACUUGCGUACUAUUGUUUGAACAGAUGGAACGUGGUACCUUCAGGCUUUUGGAAAUUGCUCCCAAGGAUGAACCAGACUUGUGGAGGUCUACUAUUGUUUUUCUGAGGUCUUGGCUGAUUUCUUUUGAUUUUCCCAUGAUGUCAAGCAAAGAGGCACUGAGUUUGAAGGUAGGCCUUGAAAUACAUCCCCAGGUACACCUCCAAUUGACUCAAAUGAUGUCAAUUAGCCUAUCAGAAGCUUCUAAAGCCAUGACAUCAUUUUCUGGAAUUUUCCAAGCUGUUUAAAGGCACAGUCAACUUAGUGUAUGUAAACUUCUGACUCACUGAAAUUGUGAUACAGUGAAUUAUAAGUGAAAUAAUCUGUCUGUAAACAAUUGUUGGAAAAAUUACUUGUGUCAUGCACAAAGUAGAUGUCCUAACCGACUUGCCAAAACUAUAGUUUGUUAACAAGACAUUUGUGGAGUCGUUGAAAAACGAGUUUUAAUGACUCCAACCUAAGUGUAUGUAAACUUCCGACUUCAACUGUAUGCCAGUUAGGCUCUACACCCCUUGUAAAGCGGAUUAAUGUGCUUAAUUUUAAGAUGUUAUUUGGCCACUUUAGUUGUGAUACAAACCUUAUCAAAACAUAUAGGCCUAUGGGUUAAGCCUAUAUGAGGUGUUUAACUAUGAUUCGAAAAUGUCGCCAUAAAAAAGUAUUUGUUUUUUGCCUUAUGCUGGGCAUCAUUCACAAGUGAUAAUAUAUAAUUCACAAGUGAUAGGUUAAUAUUGUCACCCAUUAAACUAUUCUUGAUUUAAUAUUGUCUUAAUCUUGCCAUCUAUGCACUUAAAUAGCGAAUGGAGGACACUUUUCCCGUGGUUCAUUUUCAUGCCAGCCAGGUAGGCUAUACUCCUGUUAUAAAGAGAAGAAAUGUUCUUAAUAUUAGGAAAGUAGAGAAAUAAAUAUAGUAGGUCUAGCCUAUAGAAAGCUGCUGGGAUCCUCCUCUUUUUAACAGAGGCCAUCACACUGUUUUCUCACGCAAUUGCAUAGCCUACAGAAAUGUUGCGCAACAUGAGCUCAUUGAAUUGAAUUGAAUUUAUUUUGGGUAACAGACAUGUACAAUGUGGACCCAGAGGAUAUCACUUGAAAGUAUUAAUAAAAAUGGUUGUUUCCAACGUGCUCCUUGAUGGUAAAAACAAUAACACAUAUAAUGAUUAAAAGGCAAGACAAAAUGACCAACAACCAUAAAUACAUUCAAUUAUAUUGACAUCCUAAAAAAUUGCACUAUUCACUGCACUUUUCCCUAACCAUAAAAAUCUACCAUAUUAAUUCCACAUUAAAACAAUCUAUUUAUUGCACAUCAUACCUAUCAUUCAAAUAAAUACACCUGACCAGCAGUAGGGGGCACAAGGGGCAGUGGAGUGGUUCUCUUGCUUAGACAACCUUAUCCAAAUGAAAACCUUUGCCUGCUUUUUAAAGCUAUUUAUACUUUUUCUUUGCUUGAUCUCCAAGGGGAGGCUAUUCCAUAGACAAAUGCCUAUCAAUGUGGUUUUUCAUAUAACCUGGGGCACGAUCAUUUAAGAUGUCAAACAUAUGAUUAAGUUUAAGUUGGUCCACUCUGUACUCCAAAGGCAACAAGCCCACCUCCCGUAACUCCUGUACCCCUAUGUGGGUCCUAGGGAGGACAUUCAGCAUAUACCUGAUAACAUUAUGCUGCAUGACCUGCAUUCUCUUUUUCAGCUUUUUUGAUAGUCCACUAUACCAAGCAGAGCAGGCAUAAUCAAAAUGACACUGAAUCAAGGUUGAGACAAGCAGUUUCUUAACUUUUAUGUUAAAAUAUCUAGUGUUACGAUAUAAAUAUUUCAAUUUGUUCGCCAUUUUAAAAAUAAUUUUAGCAGCAAUCAGGUCUCCAGUAAGGGUUUGAUCUAGGGACACACCAAGAUAAGUUACACUUGUUUUAGAUUCAAUCUCCUUGCCUGCACAGUUUACCUUUAUCUUGUCAGCCUAAGGAAUCUGUUUUGUUCCGAACAAAAUGUAUUCUGUUUUUCUCAAAUGUAGCGACAAUUUGUUGUCAGUCAACCAAUCUCUAACAAAAUGCAAUUCCUUACUCAGGGUCUCCUCUAUGUAAACUGUUUGCACUUUACUGUAUCUGGCAUAUCAUUAACAUAUAUAAGAUAUAAGAGAGGCCCUCAAAUUGAUCCCUGCGAUACUCCACAGGAUAUUUCUUUGGCCUCUGACAGAACAUCACCAACAUUACAUACUUGUGUUCUGUUGGUCAGAUAAGACCUAAACCAAUUCACUGCUACAUCAUUUAGACCCAUGUAUUUCAGUUCCAUCAGGAGAAGGUAUCCCUCAAGCUGAUUAAAAACUAAUCUCUCAACAACUUUGGAUAAGGUGCUGAGGAUCGACACAGGCCUGUAGUUUCCCACAUUUGUUUUACUGCUCUUCUUGUGGAGCAGAACUACCUGGGCUGUUUUGAGAUCAUUGGGAAAUGCACUACUACUAAUAGAAAGGUUUACAGUAUGCAUUAUCAUUUUAGCAGUGACACAAGCACUAUCCUUUAUGAAUCUUGCAGGAAGGUUAUCCAGCCCAGUUGCUUUGUUUGUGCUCAUUAAGCAUAGUAGAUUGGAAACGUUGUCCUCUGUUAACCCUGCACAGCUCAAACAAAUAAUUUGUGAUACCUUUGCUAUGGUAAAAGUUCGUAAUGAAAGACUGGCCAUAGCGUCCAGAGCAGGUCGGUAACUUCUUAACCAGAGAUGAGGCUAUAGUGGUAAAAUAUGCGUUAAAAUAAUUUGCAACCUUUGCUUGGUCAUAGCAUAAAACAUAAUCAGUAAAAAGGCCAAUACUUCAUGAUUUUACCUUAUGGGGAGUUUUUGAGCCAAUGUCCUUUAACAUUUUACACAGUUUAUGAGGCUGAUGUAAGUUGUCAUUAACAGCGUCUAUGUAAUGUUGGGAUUUGGUCUUAUCCAUUUUGUAUCUUGCCUGGUUUCUACAGUUAAUAUAACCAUCAGAAUCUAGACUUGUCCUUCUGAAUUUGGCCAGGUAGCGAUCCCUUUUCCUUAUGAGGUCUAAGAUCUCGGAAGUGAUCCAUUUCCGUGACCGCUGUUUGAUUCAAAUUUGUUUCAUCAGAGCCAGAGAGUCGAGUGCAGACAUAAACAGAUCUUUAAAAAUAUACUAAGCUUGAUCAACAUCAUCACAGUUUAGUACAUGAGACCAAUCCAAAAUUCCAAGUACUACAAAACGUUCCUUUGAGUAUUGUUUCAUAGACCGUACAUUCAUGUAGUUAUUACCUGGCUCAAGUAGCAUUUUGGAUUUCUUACGGGUACAGUAGGUUACCAUAUGAUCACUAAAACCAAUAUUUAAGACUCCUGACUGACAGACGUUCUCUUGGUCUGAUACAAUAAUCAAAUCCAAAGUUGAUUUAAUGUCAAUACACACCAGGGCUCUCAUGGGCUGUCAUGAAGUGUUUGAUUAGAUUUUCGAUUACAUUUGCAUUUAUGUCAGAGUGAUUAGCGGGACAAUAGAGUGCUGAGUACCGGGCUACUAGCAGGCUACUAAUGACCAUCAGCAGCAUCAGAGCUUGGAGAAGCCUAAUUACCGUGACUAAACGGUCACGUGGAAUUUGACUGCGGUCAUGACUCGUGACCACCGGUGUGGGGGUAAUACGGUCACUGUAAUAGCCCUAGUCAUGGCACAGUGUUCAUAUUUUAUUAACCCUAAUUACACUAACAAAUUGAUUCUUUUCAGUUCAUGUCCAAUUAAAUAAGUUCACAUUUUCACAUUAUAGUUGUUUUGAUGCACUGAAUACUUGAGUUGAUUCACUGUAGACAUAACCUUGGGUAUGCUGACAGAACAUGACAAUAACUUUUAUUUCCAAUGCUCACCAUGUAUUAGCAUGAAACUGAUUUAUAUGUCAAAUAAAAUCAGUUCAAGUCAUCAUAGAGUUUGUUGAAAAGUUAUUUAUUCAAACACUUCAAAAUUAACAAACUGUGUCUCUCAAGACAUCAGGAUUUCUUACAACUAAAAACUCAUAGUCUGCACUACCAUUUAACUCGAGCAGGACUCAGUUCCACUACUCUUUCUACCUAUCUGUCACUUCAACAUCACAAAAAACACAAACCAGUUCGCUGAUCACAGUAAAACGAAUUACAAUUGUGUCAGCAAUAGAAUGACAGAAACAUUGAAAUGCUAUGUUGACAAACUUCAACAUGAAGAUUUGAAUAUUAAGAACUCAAAAGUAAUGGCACUAACAUACCAUUUAAAACUUGGACUGGUGGCAUAAGUUUCCUGACUAUGAUCUGUAGGCUGGUGCAUGGGGGUAGGCUGGUGCAUGGGGGUAAGACAGUGAAAAGUUAGGUCUUCGUUUGAGAGCUUUGAGGAGGAACAAUGUAAUUUGGGUAAUAUGAUGAAGGGGGAGCAGGAGCACUGCUUGAAGAAACAACAGUGCUCAUCACUUGAGUGAGCAUCCUCAUCAUGGCUUGGACAUGUUUGUCCUGGGCUUGUUGCCGCUUUCAUUCGGUACCUCUCUCCAGUUCCAUUUCCUGCUGGUGCCUGGCAUCUUCUUUGUGCAAGAAUUCGUCAUGAUCUUUCCUCUGUUUCGAAGACCGUUGUGAGUUGUUGAAGAUUGUUUUAUUGCCCUUUUUUCCUGCCGUCUUCGUCACUGGAGUCUUUCGGGCUGGGGGUGGGCUUCCACUGGAGCUUUUCUUUUGUCAUGAUUGUUAGCUAGUAUUGGAUUCUAUUCACAGUCACACACACACUAGAUGGUGCUAGCUGCUAGUAGAUCCUCUCUCUUGAGACACACACACACACACUCACACACAGGAACAGACACAGCUAUCCCCCAUAACCCCAUUCAUCCCCACCAGCUGGCCAGCUAGCUACUACUAGUAGUCCCCCUGCCCCUGCAAGUAACGUUAGCCCAAAGUUACUUUACCAGUUUCAGCCAUGUCGCAGGUUCCUCCCUCGAUGAUGAUUCCUGGGUCGGAGCAAGGACUUGCUCUGAGGAUGUCGUGAAGUUUGUGGUAGAAAGUGGACUUAUCUUUUACAUCGCCAGAUUGUCCGCUGCACCGAAGCAUAUCACAGGUUUUCAUAUAUAGUUGGCACAAAAAUAAUGUUUCGAUAUUGGAGUGGGGUCCUGUCAAAGCCUUUAAUUCUCACAGAAAACUGAACAUAAAUCUCAGAGUUCUUGUGUGUUGUUGAGAGCUGUUGCUUGAUAUUAUCAUCCCUCUGAAGGCAAACAUGAAAUCUGAAUGAGGACAGUGGUUUCCUCAACUGACCAAACAACCCCUCUUGCAGCCAUAACAACUAGCUAGCUUGCGAUGAUCAAUUUCACAGAGGUCACUUCUUGUCAGAGCGCAGUGGCAGCAGAAAUGUAUGGUAGGCCCAAAGGGUCAAAAGGGGCAUAAUGCAGUUCUCUUGACAAGUGAACCUGGAGGCCACAGACUUCAAGCGAACCGAACUCAGACCACCUCUCGAGAUGGUCUGAGUUCGGUCUCAGUUCAGUUCGCUUCGGGGGCUCUUUUGAGUGUUCACACUGGACACAAAUGUAAGCGAACCACACUGAGUUCACAAAAAUGUGCUUAAAGGGACCAAGUGUGAAAACACCCUAAGAAGCGGUAGAUAUGAUCUAUGUGCGCUAUUUCUAUGAUUCCCGUUCUUAUGUUUCGUUUUUGCGUCUUUUACUUUCGGUUUUGUACACCAGCUUCACACAGCUGAAAAUACAAUAUUUUGGGUUAUGGAAAAUAUAUUUCUCAGCAGUUUAGAUGGUACAGUGAUUCUCUACACUGUACUUGCUUGUUUUGUCACAUAAACUGAAAAUUAGGCGAACUAUUAGAAUUUUUGCAACCAGGAAAUGGCGGAGCGAUUUCUGCAUAGUGCAUCUUUAAGUCACUCUCACAAAAAUAUUUUGAGGUAGGGUUGCGUUUUAUCGGAAGUUACCCUACAAUUGACCCGUGUUACAUUUAGCCCCAAUCUCCCCUAUGCACUCAAGGCGAAUUGCAGAGCAGUAACGUGCUUAACCAUGCCAACGCUAAAAACUCUGGGUUUAAAAUGGUGCAAUUCACGCAUUUUAGGAGUUGAAAAAUAAAGUAGGAAUGGAAAGCUGGGAUCCACCUCUUUUUUUACAAAUGCCAUUAAAACUGCUUGUUGUGAUCAAUUGUUGUCCAUUGACUGCUUGUCAGAAUGCACGUUUGCCUCCCUAGUACGGCACUCACAACUUGAAAACGUCAUAAGAGGAAUAUUUAUCUUAGAACGCACAACAACAAGCCGACUAGGUAAAUUGAUAAACUAUUCUACUAUGGGGUUGUCUGGUUUUUCUAGUCAAUAUACGUUUUGUUUGCAGAGGAAAAGUAAAUGUGGACUGUUCUAGCAUCUUCAAAGUGCACCUGGCAGAAAUAUUUUUGGGGGGUCGUGGUGGGAAUGACUUUGCUGUGGUGCAGCUCCACAUCUAAAUGACUGCAACGGAGACACUGUUGUGUACCCACAUGUUAUUCCCAACAAUGGAGUCAUUAUAUUUAGCUAUAUAAAAUUAUGGCUAGUACCUAGUGUAUGAUGAAUUAACUUGUUAGAUCACAGCCACAUUAUGUUCAUACUCCAUCUAUUCUGUAAUAACCUGGGGUUAACUCCCUCAUAUCAAGCAAACACAUACCAUACACUUUGUGGAAAGGUGAAGAAAAACAAUUAGCUUUUCGUCUUAUGGACAAAUGUUGCUGGUUAACAAGCAAUUAGCUAGCUAGCUUACUUUAGCAAGUAGAUUCCACUCAAUUCAAGGUAUAGUAUAGCUAUUUAAUUUAUUUCCCAAUUAAAUAGCUGGGUUUCCCAAGUCGCUCGGUGCUUACUGUUCAAGCUGGCUCUGAAGCACAUCUGUUUAACGUCAUGCACCCAAGAAGACUCAACCAGUCACACGACACAACACUGGACUGGCCAAGGUUCAUGGCUAGAAGGAAUACAGCUUUUGUCAAAUUAACGUCUAAAGGUGUUUUUUUUCUUAAUUUUAGCUCAUUCUAACCCUUUACCUAAACAUAACCUAAUUAUCCUAACCUGCUGCGUAAGUUCUCCUAACCUGUUACGAAAAGUCAUCUAGUCAACACCCUGGCCAUUGGCAAGCAUUUGUUAAUUCGUCCAUCACUCCAGUGAAAAUUACCAGAAACACACAAACAUGCACACACACACGCACAGGAUUGAUAACCUCCUGAGUGGCGCAGUGGUCUAAGGCACUGCAUCGCAGUGCUAACUGUGCCACUAGAGAUCCUUGUUCGAAUCCAGGCUCUUUCGCAGCCGGCCGCGACCAGGAGACUCAUGGGGCGGCGCACAAUUGGCCCAGCGUCGUCCAGGGUAGGGGAGGGAAUGGCCGGCAGGGAUGUAGCUCAGUUGAUAGAGCAUGGCGUUUGCAACGCCAGGGUUCUGGGUUUGAUUCCCACGGGGGGCCAGUAUAAAAAAAUAUAUUUAAUAAAUAUGUAUUCACUAACUAUAAGUCGCUCUGGAUAAGAGCGUCUGCUAAAUGACUAAAAUGUAAUUGUGUCGAGGCACAGAUCUGGGGAAGGGUACCAAAAUGUUUCUGCAGCAUUGAAGGUCCCCAAGAACACAGUGGCCUCCAUCAUUCUUAAAUGGAAGAAGUUUGGAAGCAGCAAGACGCUUCCAAGAGCUGGCCACCCGGUCAAACUGAGCAUUUUUUUCAGCGGCAGGGACUGGGAGACUAGUCAGGAUCGUGAGAAAGAUGAACGGAGUACAGUACAGAGCGAUCCUUGAUGAUAACCUGCUCCAGAGUGCUCAGGACCUCAGACUGGGGUGAAGGUUCACCUUCCAACAGGACAACGAUCCUAAGCACACAGCCAAGACAACGCAGGAGUGGCUUCGGCACAAGUCUCUGAAUGUCCUUGAGUGGCCCAGCCAGAGCCCAGACUUGAACCCGAUCAAACAUCUCUGGAGAGACCUGAAAAUAGCUGUGCAGCGACGCUACUCAUCCAACAUGAGAGGAUCUGCAGAGAAGAAUGAGAGAAAAUCCCCAAAUACAGAUGUGCCAAGCUUAUAGCAUCAUACCCAAGAAGACGCGAGGCUGUAAUCGCUGCCAAAGGUGCUUCAACAAAGUACUGAGUGAAGGGUCUGAAUACUUAUGUAAAUGUCAUAUUUACGUUUUUAAUACAUUUUGCAAACAUUUUUUUUUUUUUUUACUGUUUUUGCUUUGAUAUUAUGGGAUAUUGUGUGUAGAUUGAUGAGGGGGAAAAAAAACUAUUUAAUCAAUUUUAGAAUAAGGCUGUAACAAAAUGUCAAGGGGUCUGAAUACUUUCGGAAUGAACAGUAGCUGACUAACUGAGGUUCAUUCAAGUUAAGGGGUUACAAACAAAGAGGUAGCUUAAUGAACUAUAGUGUAAGAAAUUCACUACAGAAGUUUUGCAUGCACUGAAAUGAUGUCAGUAAAGUCUCUCGAUUCAAAACUAUGUACUAAACCUUGAAAUGGUCCAUUAAAGAAAUACAGUCAGACUAUAGUUAAUAUGAUACAGAGAUCUUUACAGUGAAACAGACUUGGAUGAACAAACUAUACCGCUAGAAAGCAGAGGCAGAGAAAAAAAAUACAACGAGUUCUCAACAGCCAUGGUUAAAGAAAGUGGGCCUUUGAAGGGCUUUACGUUCACUAACUAAACAGUCUUUGUAACCGGAGGACCAGGCAUGUCCCAUGUCCCAGGUGUUUAUUUUCCUAACUUCACACUAGCCGUUAAUAACUGACGCAGCUUUCCACCUUUGGCUAGUAAUGUUGAGACGCAAAUUCAGACAAAUGCCCAAAUAAUCCACUACUCACAAAAUUACCUCUGUUACACCAGAGCCAGAGCUGCAACACUCUCAAGCAACAAACUGACUUCCAGGAAAUGUUCUAAGGCAACAAAAUAGGAAGCCUAACGUCACGCCCUUUGGAAUUUUGUCUAAAAACAAACCUCUCUAAGAUUCCAUAACUCUCCUCCAUUGUUCAGAGAAGAGAGUGAGAAAGAACAAGAGAACUACUGCUGAAUCUGUGCAGCAUACAGAUAGCCUCAGAAUGUGUAGGCUAAGUAUGUUUACAGUAUGUGUCUGUGAUGUUGUGAAGACUUUAAAGGACUCACCACGUCGGACUCCUCACUGCCAGAGAGAUACAUAUCUGCCCUACCCGGCUCUGCUGUUGCUCUGCUCUCCUCUGCCCGGCUCAGAAGGAAAAGUCAUCAACUGCUGCCCAUCUCCUCCCAGUCCCAGCACAGACAGAGAAACUACUACUUACUACUCCCUGUCUCCUUUCAGUAA